AUGUGGCCCGUUUACACCGCUCCUCCGGCCGGAACGUCUCGCGACGACGCUGGCCACGUCGGAGGCCUCGGUGGCGGCCGCGGUGCGCUCGAGGCGCUCAUUGCUCGCUCGGCGGCCAGUGCCUCCGCUGGUGCCAGCGCCGCCGCUGCCGAGGAGUCACCAGCAGCAGAGGCGACGCCAGCGAAUCUGGAGGUGGAGAUUGCGUACACUCGACAGCCGAGCUCCGCGGCGCGAUGUGGCGCCCGUGCCGGCGCCGGCGGUUUCUCGCUGCUCGAGAGCACCUUCCGAAAGCAGCACGGGGCCAUCCCGUGCGACUUCGACCCGAGCAGCCUCGGCUGGGAGCCCGCGAGGCUUCCGUCAUCCGACCUCCACUGCCAAUUCAGUCAACUACCCGCCCGUCCAUAG